AUGAAGGCACUCUUCCUCCUGCUCUGGGUCCUGCCCUGGCUUCUCAUCUGCAAGUUUCUCUACAGAGUGGAGGAUUUCACCGAACCGGAUGUGUUUUACAAUAGCCUGGAUUAUCAUCCCGAGGAUUACAUUGAUUCUUUUACAGACUAUCAGAAGCACGAUUACUUUCAGUAUUAA